CAGAGGCUCCGCCCCUGAAUCCGCCACCUUCCACAAGGGUGUCCUCCUUUGGCGCUACUUUGAAAAUCUCGCGAUAGCCUGCUCGCUUCCCAUAACUCCGUGCGCUCGCCCCUCCCGUCCUCUUUCCGCCAUCUUUCCGUGCGGCCGCGAUGGUGCGCAUGAACGUCCUGGCCGAUGCCCUCAAGAGCAUCAACAACGCCGAGAAGCGCGGCAAACGCCAGGUCCUCAUCAGGCCGUGCUCCAAGGUCAUCGUCCGGUUCCUCACCGUGAUGAUGAAGCACGGUUACAUUGGCGAAUUUGAAAUCAUUGAUGAUCACAGAGCGGGGAAAAUUGUUGUGAACCUCACGGGCAGGUUAAACAAGUGUGGAGUCAUCAGCCCCAGAUUUGACGUGCAACUCAAAGAUCUAGAAAAAUGGCAGAACAACCUGCUCCCGUCCCGCCAGUUUGGUUUCAUUGUACUGACAACCUCAGCGGGCAUCAUGGACCAUGAAGAAGCAAGACGAAAACACACAGGAGGGAAAAUCCUGGGAUUCUUUUUCUAGGGAUGUAAUACAUACGCGCAAAUAAAAUGCCUCAAUGGACU